AUGGCUUCAGAAGUAUUGACAAGUUCCGGAAGCGAAAUACGAGAAAAUUUGGUGACGACAGCGGUGAAGUUCCUCUCCAACCCAAAUGUGCAACGCUGCACGCUUGAAAGCAAGAAGCGGUUCCUACGUAACAAGGGCUUGACCGACUACGAGAUACAGAAGGCGAUCGAGAAAUGUGGGGAGCUGAUCGACGUGCCCUCAAUCAUAUCGGACCUCAAGUCCUUUAAUUAUUCAAGACGGUCUAGGUUCAGAGACCGCAUUCUAUCUGUUAUUGUUUACGGCGGUUUCAUCUAUGGGUGCUACUGGUUUUAUAAAAACUGCAUCAAACAGCUAAUUUUCGUCGAGGAGCCCAAACAGAAGAGCACCGCGGAGUGCAUAGAAGAACUUCGCAAGUCCCUCGACGUUCUAAAUACGAGCGUGACGUCAUUGCGUACGGAGAUCCAGUCUACCGCACAACAGAACGCCAUACGCUAUCAACUAGACAAUCUAAAGUCUGAUAUCGCCUCGGUUAAAGGCAUCCUGCUUAAUAGAAACCAAUUCCCUGCACUGAAAAGUAGAAAUGAAGUUCCAUCGAUACCUGCGUGGCAGCGACAGGCCCAGGAGGCGACUUCCACAGACGUGGUCGCGGAAGAGAAGAAGAAGACGCACAGAAGUCGCAGCCAGAGAUCGGAGAGUGGAGGCUCUAACUCCAGCGAAGGAGAACAGGCGACGAAGAACAGUGACAGCAGCUUAGAGAUUAUCACAUGA